AUGAUCACGGUCGGGAGACGGUUAAUACUUGCCGGUCUGAUCGUCGUCACGUUGCAAAUAGGAAAUGCGUCGACGGCACCGACCGAGAAGACUGUCAGUCAACUCAUGAUGUCAUCCGCCGACAAGUUUAGCAAAUUGGGUCUGUUGAACUAUUUCAAAGACCUGAAUCUCGACCAAUUUUGCAAUUUUCCAUUACUGGACGUCAACAGUUUCAAGACAGUAGAAAAUGAAUAUGCUUUUCAGUGUUUUUGUACAGUUAUUUACAACGUUAGCAAUGAAUUUGACUACAGUCUCGUAAAUUCAAUAGACAUGGAAGCAGCAAAAAACACAACUAAUGAUCACAAGUUUAAAGACGAAACCAUGUACGGCAUGUGGAAAAAUGUGACCAAAAUCUCACAGUCAAUGAAAUUACUAAUGGAUCCAUUGAACAAUGUAACCAAAUGGAAUAAGGUCUGUUACAAUUUGAAUAAUGAAUUGCAUACGUAUUGUAAAUUUUUAAAUGUAGAGGUGUUACUGUUACACAAUAGCUAUUUGGAAAAGUCUAAAACAUCUUUAAAAAAAAAUAUUGCCAAUCCAUCUAAAAACGUCAAAGAAUCAGUUGUUCCUAGUACCGUUAUUGAAGAGCCGAACAAACCUGAGGUCCUACCUCAAAUUAAAGUUGAUAAAUCUCCAGAAAUAAUCGUAGACAAUACUCAAAAAUUAGUUGACGUCAAUAAUGAUAGUAAUAAUGAUGAGGAACUUCCUGAAGAAAUGGCAAAGGAGAUCAAUACUAACAUUGAAGAUGAUGAAACUACUACUGAAGAUGAAAAACAAAUUGAAGAUAUAGAGGCCCAAACUCCAAUCGAUUCUAAACCUGAUUCAAAAUCUAGUGUGGAUUAUCCUAAAGAGAGCGAGGGUACCAUUAACCAAUCAGAGACCAAAGAAGUUGUAUCAAGAUUAGGUCCUAAGCCUAAAUUUCCAAAUCGUGCGUUUGGCGAUACAGAAGACUCACACUUCCUUUUCUACUUCAGCAUAAUGACUAUACUAUCAAUGCUGUUUUAUUUAGCUUUAUACAAUAAGAAAAAAAUAAUUGCACUUUUAAUUGAAGGACGGAGAAGUACUAACCACCGAAGGCGACCAAAUACUUCUAGUUAUUUGAAAGUAGAGACUGAUGAUGGAUCGACUGUGUUUUGA